CUGGUGAAAAUUUACUUCGCACAUAAUCUGCACCAAUUUUGCAAUCGUUUGCUGCUGGUACAGCAAAGGUUAUCGAGGUGCAGUAGAAAAUUAGCAACUGUACACGUUGCACCCCAGGACUAAAGACAGUGCAAAGCAAUGAAAAAGGUGGUGGUGAUAUUAAAAUCCGAAAGUGAAAACUCGGACAAUUACGGUGCUCUGCUGGAGAAGCACGGUUUCGAACCAGUGUUUAUUCCGACGCUCGAUUUUUCCUUCAAGAAUCUGGAGGUGCUGCGGGAUCGGCUGCUAUCGCCGUACAAGUACUCCGGUCUCAUAUUCACCAGCCCGCGUAGCAUAACGGCCGUUCGGGAUGCAGUACGUGGUCAGAAGCUAAAGGACGACUGGAAAACGUUGGAGAACUACUCGGUCGGCGAAACAUCCCGCGAUUUGAUCCAGCGAUCUCUCGAUCUCGACACAAAAGGACACCACUCGGGGAACGCAAGCAAUCUGGCGGAUUUCAUCAAGACCGAUCUGUACAAUAAAACCGUCACCAUGCCCUUUCUCUUUCCCUGUGGUAACCUCAAGCAGGAUGUGCUGCAGAAUAAGCUCUCCGAGUACGGUUACUCGCUCGACUCGGUGGAAGUGUACGAAACGGUGCCACAUCGCGACCUGGAGCGCAAUCUGGUCGCCCUGUUUCGGUCUGACGGGGACGCGAACAAAGAUCGAACGAUCGAUAGUUUACUCUUUUUCAGCCCGUCCGGUAUCAACUACUGUGCGCACGUGUUCGAAAAGCAUCGGCUAGACCUGACUGGCAAGCGGAUCAUUGCCAUCGGGCCGAGCACCAAGAAAGCAAUAGAAAAUAAGGGUAUCACCGUGCACCGGACGGCGGAGAAACCGUCGCCGGAUUAUGUCGUCGGUGCGCUACUGCAUGAUACCUAAAGUGUGGCCUAAAGUAAAAAAACAAAACAACCCCAAAACCUGACAAGGGCGUAGAACGUGGUGCUGUUUAGAAUCUACCGGUUUAUCCAGAGAAACUGAGGAUGCAUCUUCAAUGCAAUAAUAAUCCGUCUUCGAUGUAGAUUUUUUUCCAAAUGCGGCAAAGGCGGUACAAUGGACACAUCGGUGACAAAUGAUUGAACGGAAAAUUACAGAAAAAAUCCCUUUAAGGAAAAAUUUAAAAAACCCCAACCCAAGAACCUAAUCUAACUGAAACUAAAUGUUAUUGCUAUCUUGUUGUUACGAAAAGUAUACUAGCCUGUUGGAAUUACUGUGGGAUGGGUUUGUUGAACGUAAUUUCAUUAGCUUUAUUCUCCUUUCUCGAUUAACUGGCUAACCUUUUUCGAAACUCUACCUUACGUUUCUUUACCUUUUCCUGCCUAUUUUUAUAUAGCUUCUUUCUACUAGGUACCGGUGACCCGAAGUAAAAAAAAAAGUUACCGAACGAAGUCAAUUUUUAGCGCUAUUUUAUAGUACACUCGAGAAACAAA